ACCCAACCAACCAUCGAUUUCAGCGUCUGCACACCGUUCAUCAAUGGAUCUGCCACUCACAUACUCUGGAAGGGAAGUGCUUCUCGCAUGGAGGUGAGAAUGAAUGCACAAGAAACUCACUCAGUGGCUGGUGAAGAUGCAUCACUCGACUCAAUGUGGGCGUGUUUGUCAUGUGUGCAGAGUGGAACACAGCGGCCGGCUGACGCAUUGGCUGACCAUCGCUGCCAAGCUGGUGCUCCUGGCCUCCCAUGGCCUCUGGCUGUACGCCCUGGCGCUCAGGCAGGAUGGAGUCAUCAGCUGGCGCUGGUCUUACGUCUUUCUGGUGGGCACCGACGACAAGCAGGACUAGAGGCGAUAACAACGUCAUGUUGGUGAUUCAUUCACCGCUCUGUCCUUGUGUCUGUCUGUGUGUGCAGCCUGCGUGGAUCGGUGACGUCCUCUGCUUGGCCAUUCUUCUCAUCAGCUGGUCAGUCAGUCAGUCAGUCAGUCAGUCAGUCAGUCAGAGAAUGGCAGAACGCAGAGCAGCUUCUUGCAUCUGGCUCCCUGCCUGCCGUUGGCCGACCUUCGUGCAGGUUCGCCUCGUGUCCGUACAUUCGCCUCUGCCUAAAUGAACACACCACACGAAGUGAGUGCAGCUCAUCUGGCCAUCCAUACAUGUCCUUGACCCUUCUUCGCCUGCCUACCUGCCUGCCUGUGUUUGUCGUCUGCGCAGUUGGGAGCGACGACAAUCCUUCCGUCUUGACAGAGAUCCUUCCAGAGUACAGACACACGACUUACAAGGGUUCAGGUGCCGUCCCUUUCUCUCUCUACGUACGUGUAUUGCAGGAUUUUCCUUGCCAUGCUGGGCUUCUUCUUUGUCUUGGUCAGCGCCAACAGAUGAGCUACAUGUUGGUGUGUGGGUGUAAGCAGCUGCUGUCCAUGUUGGUUGGCACCUCAGCUCAUUUUGGCGAGCGAGUCGCUCCUAUGUCAAUUUCUCGCUUCUGCGCAAAAGGUGGAUGCACUGCAAUGCACCGCGCGGAAGUGACAGUCAUGCUGUGUUGGUGAUUCCUCGUGGCUGCAGUCUGCGAUGCUGGUGAGCAUGUUCGUGUUUGGGGUGUCUUUGCUGUGCGGAUGCCACGGGCUCUGUCUCAAGAGCGACAGUGCACACGUGUAUGGGCUGCUGGGACUCGACGGACUCGUCACGCUCGCGCUCCUGCUGGUGGGGAAAUGUAUGGGAGGGAGGGAAACAAUGGCAAGCGGCGCAUGUGUGUAUGUGUGUGGGUGACAGGGCGUGAGGGAGUUCGAUUGGCCAGUGAGCCUGAUUGCGAUGCCCUCUGUCGUGGCAGUAAUGCUGACAAGCACACUACCCUGUGUGAACGCACCCACGAAUGUCAUUGUUUGCUUCAGGCCUUCUGCUUCCUUGUGUGUGCUGGUCGGGACUACAAGAGGAGCGCUGACGUGCUCGUCAGAGGUACGCAUGGCGCCACACAACACACACGACAGAUUUAGUGAGGGAGGGAUUUCACGCCUUGCUGGCUGCGUGUGGUCAGAGGAGAAGAUCCUCCGCAUUUUGGAGAGUGUGUUCCUGCUGUGCAUCCUCUCGGCUGCCGCGUCCACCUAUUUCACGCUGCUCAACAAGGACCCUGCCGACAGGAGAUUCAGCAGAGACGGAUUCGUCGUCGCUUUCUCCAUGGUAAGAACAAGACAGAGAAUCCCGAGAUCGCCUCCUUCGUUCCUUACUCAUUGAUGUUGUUGCCUACAGGUGGUGAUAAGUGUGGUUCGCGGCGUCCUGGCCUACAAGGAGAUCCAGCUGGGAGAAGUCAGCGCCCGUAGGCUUCGCGUCAUGCCACAACCAGGUGAACAACACGCUAUGUCAAUCUCCAUCCAUCCGCACACGUGCCUCCUUCGUUCCUUCCCUCCCUCCCUGAUCAAUCAGAGCCGACUCGCCGGUCCCUCUUCUUCGAGAUCGGCGGCAGCCGCCGCACCGUCACACCCAGGUCGCCAUCGCGCCCCUCGUCAGAGCUGCAGCCCCAGGCCUCACUCAGGCGGCCGGCGCCACCGCAGCCCCCGAGGCCGACACCCUCCACAGCGACGUCCAUUCACUCGCAGCAGGCGUCAGGUGUGGCGGUGCCGCACGUGCCUGCUGCAUCGCUCAACGCCAUGAACCACGCCAGGACGCUGGCCGUCACUAACCAGAGCGACAGCAGCGCUGCCAGUAACAGCACCUCCACCAGGGACGAGCGGGAGAGGGACAGGAGGUCAGCACACACCAUACCACACCAGACCUCACAGACUGACAGUGCAAGUUUGGGCGUGUGGUGUGCGUGUGUGUGCCGUGCAGGGUGCCUUCACAUCCGUUGGAGGGGGGCAGUGGUCGGGCGCGUCAGCUGGAGGAGGCCAAGCAGCCGCUCACGGGCGAGAAGGGCGGCCGGGGCGGCCUGGGGCUCGCCUUCACCAGACAAGACAGGGGCAAACCGCCGGACGACAAUGUGUGAAGUGCCAACUCUGAUGGCAUGGAUGGAUGGAUAGCAUUUGCCUUCUUGUGGUGAGUGACUUUUUCGGCAUUUCGGCCGUCAUGAAGAGCGUAUACAUGUGUCACUCCGUGCGUGUGGGUGGUUCUCGAUUACCGUGGGCAAUGGAUGCUCGAAGAGAUGCGAA